UGCCGCCCCGCCCCCCCUCCCGAAGCUGCUGGGAGUUGCAGUUCUUUGAGCCCGUUUUUUCCCCGGCCGGCCCGCCGGGCCCGGGAGAUCCGUCAUGCUCUGCGCCACCAGCCGCCUUCUAGCGGCCCGGACGGCGACGGCGCUCCCCGCGCAGCCCAGAGGCCGGGGCCCCGGGGCCCGCUGCCGGCGAAGGGAACUACAUUUCCCAGGGCACCCCGAGCUGCCCCUGGGUGACUUCUUGGCGGGGCGGCUCCCAAGAUCGAGCGUGUCGGCGGGCCGGAGGGCGAUCCUGAGGAGGGGCAGGAUGCCGCCGGCGGUGCGCGGAGGCCCGGCAGGGGUCGAGCUGCGUCCCCGGCGGGGCCGCUGUGGGCCCCAGGUUACUAGGGCUGUGGGGCCGGACGUGGCCGCCGAGCCUACAGCGCGGAGCCCCAAACGGCCUGCUCGGGGCUCGCGGCGUUUCGAGGCAGCCGGCCGGUGGGCUCUGCUGGCCCUGGUGACGCUGCUGGCCUUCGCCACCCGCUUCCACCGUCUGGACGAGCCGCCACACAUCUGUUGGGAUGAGACUCACUUUGGAAAAAUGGGAAGCUAUUAUAUCAACCGCACCUUUUUCUUUGAUGUGCACCCACCUCUGGGAAAGAUGCUGAUAGGUCUUGCUGGCUACCUGAGUGGGUAUGACGGGACUUUUUUGUUCCAGAAGCCUGGGGACAAAUAUGAGCAUCACAACUACAUGGGAAUGAGAGGAUUCUGUGCUUUCCUUGGUUCCUUGCUGGUUCCCUUUGCCUACCUCACUGUAUUGGAGCUGUCCAAGUCCCUCCCCGCAGCACUGCUCACCGCUGCCCUCCUGACCUUUGAUACAGGAUGCCUUACUCUGUCCCAGUAUAUCCUCCUUGACCCCAUCUUGAUGUUCUUCAUCAUGGCUGCCAUGCUGAGCAUGGUCAAGUACAACUCCUGUGCCGACAGGCCCUUCUCUGCCCCCUGGUGGUUCUGGCUCAGCCUGACUGGCAUUAAUCUGGCUGGUGCUUUAGGGGUCAAGUUUGUUGGCCUCUUUAUCAUCCUGCAAGUGGGGUGGAACACCAUUUCAGACCUUUGGCACCUGUUUGGAGACCUCAGUCUUUCAGUGGUGACUGUGGGGAAACACCUGACCGCUCGCAUCCUGUGCCUCAUAGUGUUGCCGCUGACUCUCUACACAGCCACUUACGCUGUUCACUUCAUGGUGCUGAACAAAAGUGGUCCUGGCGAUGGCUUCUUCAGUUCUGCCUUCCAGGCCCGGCUUUCAGGCAACAACCUUCACAAUGCUUCCAUCCCCGAACAUCUGGCCUAUGGCUCCGUGAUCACCGUGAAGAAUGUGCGGAUGGCCAUGGGCUAUCUCCAUUCCCACAGGCACCUCUACCCCGAAGGCAUUGGCGCCCGCCAGCAGCAGGUCACCACCUAUCUGCACAAGGACUACAACAACCUGUGGAUUAUCAAGAAACAUAACACAAACGCAGAUCCCCUGGACCCUUCAUUCCCAGUAGAGUUUGUAAGACAUGGAGACAUCAUUCGGCUAGAACACAAAGAGACUUCUCGGAACCUGCACAGUCACUAUCAUGAGGCCCCCCUGACCCGGAAGCACUAUCAGGUCACUGGCUAUGGCAUAAAUGGGACAGGAGACUCAAAUGAUUUCUGGCGGAUUGAGGUUGUAAACAGAAAAUUUGGAAACCGGAUCAAAGUGCUAAGAAGUCGCAUUCGCCUCAUCCAUCUGGUCACAGGCUGUGUCCUGGGCUCCUCGGGAAAGGUCUUGCCCAAGUGGGGCUGGGAACAGUUGGAAGUUACUUGCACCCCAUACCUAAAGGAAACCCUCAACUCUAUCUGGAAUGUGGAGGACCAUAUCAAUCCCAAAUUGCCAAACAUCAGCCUGGACGUGCUGCAGCCCACUUUUCCUGAGAUCUUGCUGGAGUCCCACAUGGUGAUGAUCCGGGGGAACAAUGGACUCAAACCCAAGGACAAUGAGUUCACAUCCAAACCCUGGCACUGGCCUAUCAACUAUCAGGGCCUGCGCUUCUCAGGGAUCAAUGACACAGACUUCCGCGUGUAUCUGCUUGGCAACCCGGUGGUUUGGUGGCUGAAUCUGUUGAGCAUUGCCCUCUACCUCCUCUUGGGGAGCAUCAUUGCUGUAGCCAUGCAGAGAGGGGCAUGCCUGCCUGCAGAGGUUGAAGGGCUGUCCCAGGUCCUGCUGCAAGGAGGCGGUCAGCUCCUGCUUGGCUGGAUGCUCCAUUACUUCCCAUUCUUCCUGAUGGGCCGGAUCCUCUACUUCCACCACUACUUCCCAGCCAUGCUCUUCUCCAGCAUGUUGACAGGGAUUCUGUGGGAUACUCUCCUGCGGCUCUGUGCCUGGAGUCUGGCCUCCUCUUCCCUGGCCAGGGGCAUAUAUGCGGUGGGACUCCUGAGCCUGCUCCUGGGAACUGCCUACAGGCUGUUUGACCUGGAGCCCGACCUGCUGCUGCUCUUCCAGUACAACUGUCGCCAGUUCUCCAGCCCAGAGGACUGCCUGUCAUCCCCCGAGUUCCUGGACCACAUCAGGAAGGUGAUGCUCGUGAUUGACACUGCAGUGACCAAUGUAGAGGACCUGUCCUCACUGGAGGAGUACCUUGCUGGCUUGGGCAAGAAGCACCGUGCAGUGGGUGUGAAGCUCAGCUCCUUCUCGACGGUGGGUGAGUCCCUGCUCUACAUGCUGGAGAAGUGCCUGGGCCCCGCGUUCACACCAGCCGUGCGGGCCGCCUGGAGCCAACUCUAUGGGGCCGUGGUACAGGCCAUGAGUCGAGGCUGGGAUGGCAAGUAAGAGGCGGCCCCUGCCCGGCAGCCUCCAGCUGGCGGCCCCCAUCGGUCUGUGUCUGUCUGUUGCUCUGUGUCUGUGGUAGCCCAGGCUCCCUUAGGCCUCCCUGCAUCUUGGUCCUUGUCCCCUUGGCUGUCCGGGAGAGGUGAUAGAGCAGGACUGGGUCUCCGUCCCCCUCACCUCCAAGUGAGACGGGGGUGGCUUUUCCUUCAGGAAGGAAGGAAAUUCUGGAUUUCCCCGACCCCUAGUAGCCUCUCCCCUGCCUGCCAUCUCUUCCCUCUGGCAUCCCUCCUGUGCUAGGACAGGGGCAGUGUGUGGCCACAGAGGUGGCAUGGCGCUGGGAAGGUGGAGAGCUCUGAGAGCAUGGGUGCUUGUCACCUACCCUCGUCAGGUGGGCCCGGGCCAACCAGGGGAGUGGGAGGCAGAGCUUCGGGCACCUUCCCAUUUCGCCUGCUUUCCAUGCUUUUCUCUCCCAGGGGCAUCUGCCUUUCACAAGUAAAGAGGAGGGACUUUGUUAGCCUUCAGGGUGGAAUCCCAGGUAGUGGGAGCAGAUAAUCAAGGGAGACGCUGAGGACGGGAGAGCGGACCUCAUCUGGGUCUCAGAUGCGCCUGCCAGCGUAGUUUUUCUUUUGCCGUGUCCUGUUCCUGUUCCCCCAUUCAGGCUGCUGCUCGGAGCUCCUUUAGUACCACUAGUACCACUCUCUGCAGGAACCGGCUAGCCAGCUGGGGGCGGGGGGCGCGGGCGGGGGAGCGCAAGGAAGGGGGCGUGAUUUCAUUCCAGAGAGGCCUGAGUUCCGGUGGCUGUUCUUCACCACCCCUCCUGCAGGGCUGGGCUUAUCUCCCCCCAGCCUCCUUUCUGCCGCUGCUCACGUGGACUGUGGGGCCACAGCUCCCCACGUUCAAUACCUGGUGUGUGCCUGGAUGUAGGCUGCUGGAGAGAAGAGAGUGUGGCAGGGGAGGCCCUCCACCCUCGCCCUGAGCUGUCUGCACUUUUACCUUCUGCUCCCUGCCGUGGUUGUAUAAACUCAUGAGGAAUAAACCUGUUCUGUGUGCCUCUCUGA